CACAACACGGUGCGCCCUGCAGCCUUUAAAUCGCCCUGCAGCAUUGUGCUGACCACAGCUGACCAGACAACACCCAGACCCCCACCGUUUUUUUUUUGCGACGAUGAACCCCAUGAAGGGCAGAGAGUCGGUGUGCAGGAGCCUGUUCGGCCCGGUGGACCAGGAGCAGCUGCGCCGGGACUUGAAGCAGAGGCUGAAGGAGAUCACCGAGCAGGACAGCCGCCGCUGGAACUUCAACUUCCAGGCCGACACGCCGCUGCCGGGCAGGUUCCAGUGGGAGGAGGUGCCCGCAGACUGCGCCGCUGCGCUCUACCGGGAGCCCGCAGAGAGGACGGACACCGUGUGCGGUGACGGGCUGAGCGACCGCGAGGAGAGCGCGGACACCGACCAGGAGAACCGCUCCAGCGUCUCCAACACGCGCAAGCGUCCCGCCGAGGCGACGCCCGUCCGGAGGAAGAGGGCGCACUCCAGACCGGCAGCCAAGCCCAGGAGCAGGAACGCACGAAUUACAGAUUUCUUCGCAAAGAGAAGGAGGACGACGGAAACAAAGAGCGCCCUGAGUCCUUUCCUCACGAGUUCCAGUGAGGCAGCUCAGUGCAAAACAAUAAGAUGAUCAUGCCAAAAGACUGAAAAAAGACUAUUUGUGUCUCUACACACUGUUCUGUGGACCAAAGCCACUCACUGCACCAAAUGGGCUUCAUGUUAUGUUAUGUUAUGUUAUUCUGUCUUAUUUUAUUUUAUCCUAUUUUAUUUUAUUGCCAGCUUUACACCACUCAGUGUUAUUUAUUUUAUUUAUGAUGUUUUAUUUAAUUUCUCUGCAGGUUUCAUUGUGUUGUUCAUCUGUGCUCUCUUUUUUUUUUUCAUUUCUGUCAGUAUUACUGUCAUGUGAGAAAGGAGCAUCUCCAGACUGAAUGCAUUUUUUUGUUUCUGUGUGCGUUUUGAAUCUCUUUGUCCUGUGAAUUACUGGAGCUGCUUCUUCUGUAUGGUAAAGCACUGUAUUGUCCUUGUUGUGUUGAACUGAGUCGCAGACCAAAAAAGCUUAUAAAUGCCAAGAAAUGUUGCAAUUGUAAUAAACUAUUUUAUCAGUAAAACGAAUUGUAAUUCA